AAUAGUCCUGCAAAUUCCGAAGUCUGUUGCACAAUAUAGUAGGCACUAGAAGGUAGACGGUAGUUUAUAUUAUUGCUAGCGGAAAGGGAUUUAGAUACCUUUUGAUUUGGAAGUAUUAUGAAAGGCUACUCGACACUUGAGUAUCGUAGCUGAUAUCUCAUUAAUAUCAGCUACUGUCUAAAUCGCUAUUAAUAGCGAUUUCCGCUUUCACUUUCAAUAUCGGGUCAGUAAGACGAUGAGUACCUUGUAUAAUCUCUGGCGAUAAACGUCCUUCAGUUGAUUCAACUCUCCCUUUAACGCCUCAGAAGGCUGAGCAUCACAUGUCGAGGUUUUUCGAACCAUUUGAAAAUUGGCUAUAUUUAGUUACUAACCGUGCAUCUACAAAGUAAUUUUACUGCAUUGGAAAUGGUUGACCUAAGUGAAAAGGAUCUUAAUGAUGUUCACGAAAUGUUCCUACUGUUUGACACAAAAGGAGAUGAAAAAAUCGAGGCGAAAGAUAUUGGCGAAGUUGUGCGUGCAAUGGGUCUAAAUCCAACAGAGUCGGACAUUGGAAAAUAUGGCUAUCAAAAUAAUCCAAACGAACGUAUCAGUUUCGAAUCAUUCGUUCCAAUUUAUCAUGGUUUAUUAAAAGAACAAGUGGAAGUGGAUCAAGAAACGUUUAUUGAGUCGUUUCGUGUAUUUGAUAAAGAAGAUAAUGGAUUAAUUAGUGCAGCUGAAUUAAGACAUCUACUAACAGCACUAGGUGAAAAACUACGAGAUGAUGAAGUAGAUGUAUUAUUAUCUGGUUUAGAAAAUAGUCAAGGUCUUGUACCAUAUGAAGCUUUUGUACAACGUGUUAUGAGUUAAGACCAACCUUCAUUCUGAACCCGUAAAUCAUUAAAGUACCCUAUUCAACAGAAAUCGUUGAGGAUGUUCUCCAGAAGUAAGCAUUGUGACUAUCAACUAUUCAACCAAAUGGAACACGAAACAUCAUCUGAAACAUUCAACGGAGGUAGACAUAAAUCAUCUCCAUUAUUUCGAAAUAUUCCUUGUCACCAAGAUUUAGUAAACUGUCAAUCCUUAUUCCGUUCAACUUAUCCAACUCCUUUAAUUUAGAUAAAUGUUUGUUCGUAUACUAAGCCUUGAACUACACUUUGCAUUUGACAGCUAGUGAUACUACCGUCCGACUCUCCAAACCGAAGUAGUUACUUUGGUCGAAUCUGCUUGUAAUAUAUUGGUUGCAAGCUGAUUACCUUUUAACCGUUUUACUCUAUGUACAUUAGCGUAUUUCUAUGCUAAACCCAAUUAUGUAGUAUCGUAGUUUAUUUUAGUACACAUGGUGUUUCUAAUUUUAGAUACAUUUUAAUAAUUAACCAGAACUAUUCACUUAUUGAUCGAAAAAACUCAUUCUACUGCUUAUUUCUCUCUCUUGCACAAGUUUAUGUCAAUGUGGGUGUUAAACUACUAGCCUGUUAAUAGAAGUAGCGUAUAAAAUACAAAUUUCAAAUGAGAAUAAAAUAUGCAAAUGAUUCUCAAUCAAUAAUCACAUAUAAUCAAACCAUUAGACAAUUAGAAAGUAUUCACCAUUCUUACGGUGACAACAAACAGAAUACUGACUUUGUUGAAUGUACAUGUGUGUGUGUCUCUGUGUAUAUCAUCUUGUGUAUGAUCUUAUCUGUUGAUUUCCAGAGAAUACACGUGCCUAGAAUUACACCAGGAAUACACUCUGUAGAUUUUAUCAGAUGCUUUGUUAAGUGUAUACUUCUUUAUCACAAAAUUCAAUAUAUAUUUUAGUAUUUCCUGCGAAUUGUGAGUAUAUAGGGUUUAAAUUUGCAAUCUGUUGAUUGAAAAUCUAGUGUUUUAACCUCUCAUCCACUAUCACUCAUUUUAACUAUUCUAUAACGUAAUGGACACAACAGAGAUAUAGUUUGCCUUUUAUAAUAUAAGCAAUAUUUUCGAUGCACAAAACUUUCGAAAAUACUACAAAAUCAUCAGACGAUAGAAAAAUAGAACUUUGAAAUUGUUGUGUUCUUUGAGCUGGAUGAUUUAAUAGUGAAACUUCCACUAUCCUUCCAAACAACAUUAUCAACAUGUACUUAAAAGAGGAGUGAGGUAUUAGAAAACUGUCCACGAUUAACCAACAGCUUAUUCGGUUGAAAUGUAACUUAUUUGAUUAUUCAUAAUCAUGUCGUCGUAUGGCCAACUUUGUAUGCUUUCGGUACUAACAUAGUGAGAAAAACCACCCAUGUAUGUUUACCCUAUGACUAUUACUUUGUUUUCCCUUAUGUGUAUCGUUUCUUCCAUUGUAAUAUGUAUUCGCAGAUAAUUUGUUCAGCUUAUGGUUGGAUUGCAACAAUUAUUAUUGCUACUAUUAUAACUAUUACUGUUAUGAUUAUUACAUUGUUUAUAAUUUCCAUUUGUGCUCAUCUAGUUCUAUUUGUCUUAGAUUGUACUAUUUUGGAAAUUCUUAGUUAGAACAUUAAUUCGAACACUUCCGAUUAUCCUACUUGGGUCACGAUGGAGUCAAAUCUUGGACAGUUGGAUAUUAAUUCAAGUGAGGAUGACUUUGAAGACUACAUGGAGCGGUUCGAAAUCUGGUGUAUGAUUAGGAAACAUAAUAAAUAUUAUCAAUUUACAGGUUGUUUCCUGACGUUUAUUGUCAGAGAAGCUUAUAACCUGCUAAUGAAUCUGGCUUUUCCAAAGACACCAAUGUCAUUAACACAUGGAUCUCUCAAGGAAUUUCUACUUAUUCAUGUGCAGUGUGCUAACUUUAAUGCACGGAGAAAGAUAGAAGUUUCAUAAAAUAAUAUGAUAAAAUGAUCAGAAGGUCCAAGACUUUGAAUUCGAAACAGGCCGUGAAAUGCAAUUUUGGAGACCAACUGGAAACUCAACUUUGUGAUUGGUUGAUUUCUGGGGUAAAUAUUACGAAUUUAGAAAGAGAAUUAAUCCAAAAAUCUGAAAGUUUAUUCCAAAAAUUAAAACAGCAUUUCUUAACUAAGAAACAGUAAAUGAGCUUGUUUUCCAGUCAGUGACUUUUAAUAAAAAUAAUAUAAUUGUAAUAUCCCAAUGAGUAGAAAGAUGAUUUUGUUCUUAGAUUUUCUGACGCUUCGUGAUUCAAUGUGAUCUACUUCAGAGAAUAGCACUUUACGUAGUCGUCAUGAUGAAAUACAUUAUGAAUGUCGCUCAAGCUCGUGUUUGUUCAAUAAUGGUUCCAAUUCUAGUGAAAAUUUCAAAAUGAUUCAAAAAAG